AUGGAGGAGUGCAAAGGUGCAGACGAGGCAGCUCUCACAGGCGCUGAGCUCAAAAAACUUAAAAAGCACAUUGACAACCUGAUGGAUGAAAUCACCUUUCUGAAGAAGGUGCAUGAAGAGGAGAUCGCCGAGUUGCAGGCGCAGAUACAGGAGGAGGUGAAUGGAGGAGAUGGUAAAAGCCAAGCUCAGUCUUGGGGAUCAAUUUUAGCUAGAGCAUGUGAAUAUCAUUCCACGCUGAAGGAACAACAGGGUGACUGGAGAACCACAAACAACUCCAGGACAGGUGAUUCACAUGACAUAUUUCCUGUCAAGAUGGCGGAUGAUCUCCCUUCGGAGUUUGAUGUGAUCGUAAUAGGGACGGGUUUGCCUGAAUCCAUCAUUGCAGCUGCCUGUUCAAGAAGUGGCCAGAGGGUUCUGCAUGUUGAUUCAAGAAGCUACUAUGGAGGAAACUGGGCCAGUUUUAGCUUUUCAGGACUGUUGUCCUGGAUAAUGGAAUACCAGGAAAACAGUGACGUUGUGAAUGAAAGCCCAGCAUGGCAAGAACAGAUCCUUCUAAAUGAAGAAGCCAUUGCUCUUAGCAAGUUGGACAAAACCAUUCAACAUGUGGAAGUGUUUUGUUAUGCCAGUCAGGAUUUGCAUGAAGGUGUCGAAGAGGCUGGUGCACUGCAGAAAAAUCACUCUUCAAUGACAUCUGCAAGCUCCACAGAAGCUGCAAAUUCUGCCUGUCUGCCUACAGAAGAUGAGUCAUUAAGCACUGUGAGUGGUGAAGUGCUCACAGAACAAACUCCAGGGAGUGCCCUACAAGUAAAUGAUGUUGAAGUGACCAGGGUGAAAGAAAACUAUUGUGAUGACAAAACUUGUAAGCGGGCAACUUCAGAAGAGGGAACAAGUGAAAAUGUGCCUAUAGUAGAAGACAUUGCAAAACAACCAAAGAAAAACAGGAUUACUUACUCACAAAUUGUUAAAGAAGGCAGGAAAUUUAAUAUUGAUUUGGUAUCAAAGCUGCUGUAUUCUCGAGGAUUGCUUAUUGAUCUUCUAAUCAAAUCUAAUGUCAGUCACUAUGCAGAGUUCAAAAAUAUUACCAGGAUUCUUGCAUUUCGAGAAGGAAGAGUGGAACAGGUUCCUUGUUCGAGAGCAGAUGUCUUUAAUAGUAAACAACUUACUGUGGUAGAAAAGCGAAUGCUAAUGAAGUUUCUUACAUUUUGUAUGGAGUAUGAGAAACAUCCUGAUGAAUAUAAAGCCUAUGAGGAGAUCACAUUUUCUGAAUAUUUAAAAACUCGAAAAUUAACUCCCAACCUCCAACAUUUUGUUCUGCAUUCAAUUGCAAUGACAUCAAAGUCAACCAGCACUACCAUAGAUGGACUCAAAGCUACCAGAAACUUUCUUCACUGUCUCGGGCGGUAUGGCAACACUCCUUUUUUGUUUCCUUUAUAUGGCCAAGGGGAACUCCCUCAGUGUUUCUGCAGGAUGUGUGCUGUAUUUGGUGGAAUAUAUUGUCUUCGCCAUUCAGUGCAGUGCCUUGUUGUGGACAAAGAAUCGAGAAAAUGCAAAGCAAUCAUAGAUCAGUUUGGUCAGAGAAUAAUCUCUAAGCAUUUCCUUGUGGAAGACAGUUACUUUUCUGAGAACACAUGCUCACACGUGCAAUACAGGCAAAUUUCCAGGGCAGUCCUAAUUACAGAUAGAUCUGUACUACAAGCAGAUUCAGAUCAACAGAUUUCCAUUUUGACAGUGCCAGCAGAGGAACCAGGAACUUCUGCUGUUCGGGUCAUUGAACUAUGUUCUUCAACAAUGACAUGCAUGAAAGGCACAUAUUUGGUUCAUCUGACUUGUACAUCUUCAAAAACAGCAAGAGAAGAUUUAGAACCAGUUGUGCAGAAAUUGUUUAUUCCAUAUACCGAAAUGGAGAUGGAAAAUGAAGUUGAAAAGCCAAGACUUCUAUGGGCUCUUUACUUCAAUAUGAGAGAUUCUUCAGACAUCAGCAGGAACUCUUAUAAUGAUUUACCAUCCAACGUUUAUGUCUGCUCUGGCCCAGACUGUGGUUUAGGAAAUGAUAAUGCAGUCAAACAGGCUGAGACCCUCUUCCAGCAAAUCUGCCCCAAUGAAGACUUCUGUCCACCCCCUCCAAAUCCUGAAGACAUUGUUCUGGAUGGAGACAGUUUACAACUAGGGACUUUAGAAUCCGGUGUUGUACCAGAGGCCACUUCAGAGACUCCCAAGGAAAGUGCAAACCUGUGGAAGCCAGAGGAUCACUCUGAAUAACAACAAAUAUACACCAAACUAUAUAUCCCACUUCGGAAGUUCCUCCAGACCUCAGAGUCUUCUUGAUUGAGCAGCUGUUUGAAAAAUUUUAGAAAGCAGCAGCCAGUUGUCAUACAGAAUUACCAAGAGAAACCAGGUCAUAGAAAUACAAAAGAGAUUUUCCUUAAAGAGGACACAAAAUACUUCUAAAGCACAUUGAUUCACCUGUAGAGUUAGCAGAUUAAAAUUAUAAAUGGAUUGAUUCACAGGAAUAUAAUUUUGGAGAUGAAAGUGAUCAUAUGCAUUGUUAAUAAUUCUGUAUUUUUGGUACAGCUUUUCCUUUGCCACUUAGAUCUUUGUUUG